CUGGGCAUAUGCCGGUAUACUGGGACACGGGUGGAGGUGCCGGCGGGGCGGCAGCGGAAGGUGAAGUACCUGCUGCUGCAGUUCGCGGAUGGGUCGGCGAAACUCAGUGCGAAGCAGGCGAAACAAGUGCUCUAUCGUUUUGGCAUCGCCGGUCCCCCUGGGCGCUCCCCCCCCCUGAGCAAGAUGCACGACGCGAGUGCGUGGGAGAAGCGGCAGGCGAAGGGCAAGGAGGCAGUGGAGCGCAUGGUGGGCGAGAUGAUGGACGUCUAUGUCAAGAGGCUGCGGCAGCGCCGCCCCGUUUACCCCAAGUUUGACACAGAAAUGCAGCGGUUUGGGGAGUCGUUUGCGUACAAGCCAACCCCGGACCAGGAGCAGGCAUUCUUAGACGUGGAGAGGGACAUGUGCGAGAGGGAGACCCCGAUGGACCGCCUCGUGUGUGGCGAUGUGGGCUUCGGCAAGACAGAGGUGGCUGUACGAGCAAUCUUCAGGGCAGUUCUCGACAAGAGACAGGCCAUGGUGCUAGCUCCAACCACAGUGCUGGCGAAGCAGCACUACAAGGUCAUAUCCGCUCGCCUCAAGGACUAUGGCGUUCGUGUGGCCCUGCUCUCGCGAUUUCAGAAGGAGAGCGAGAAGAAGGAGGUGCUAGCAGGGAUAAGGGACGGCACACUAGACGUGGUGGCAGGCACUCACUCCCUGCUGGGCGCGCAGGUGGUCUACCACAACCUGGGACUGCUCGUGAUCGAUGAGGAGCAGCGCUUUGGCGUGAGGCAGAAGGAGCGAAUCAGCAGCCUCAAGACGAGUGUGGACGUGUUGACUCUCUCGGCUACUCCCAUCCCCCGCACGCUAUACAUGUCCAUGCACGGAUUCAGAGACGCCAGUCGCAUCACCACCCCCCCUCCCGAGCGCCAGCCCAUCGACACACACCUCUUGGAGUUCGAUUUGGAUAAUGUGAAGAGAGCCAUAGGGGACGAGCUGGAGAGGGGUGGCCAGGUGUUCUAUGUGGUGCCGAGGGUUGAAGGCAUAGAGGAGAUUCAGAUGCUUCUGGAGGAGCUCUUCCCUUCAGCCCGUGUUGACGUGGCACAUGGCAAGCUGCGCCCCACAGACCUUGAAGCAGUGAUGGAGCGAUUUGGAGAGGGCGAAAUAGACGUGCUGGUGUGCACGAGCAUCAUUGAGAGUGGGAUUGACAUUCGCACUGUCAACACAAUUGUGAUCGAGGAUACCCACCUCUUUGGCCUGGCGCAGAUCUACCAGCUGCGAGGGCGUGUGGGUCGAUCCAGCAGCUCAGCCCACGCGUACCUGUUCCACCCGCCCCUGCACUGCCUAACACCAGAAGCUCAGGAGCGGCUGAGGGCGCUGCAGCAGCACAGCGGGCUGGGGGAGGGGUACCUGCUGGCGCAGAGGGACAUGGACAUCCGGGGCAUUGGAGACGUGUUUGGGGAGCGGCAGAGCGGGGACGUGGGUGGGGUUGGGUACUACCUGUUCAUGGAGAUGCUUCACGAGACGCUGACCCGGGUGGAACAGAAGAGUCUCCCACGAGUUCAGUUCAAGGAAGUACGGCUGGACCUGCCACUGGCCCCGCUGCCCCCCAUCCCAGCAUCCUACGUUUCCCACGCUGCUGUGCGAGAUAGCCUGCCCAGGGAAGCAGAGGAGGCGGCAGCAGAGGGCAUGCCGGCUCUGCUGGCGUUUUGCAGGGAGAUGCGCGCCGAGUAUGGGGACGAGCCAGCGCAAGUGGAGCUCCUCUUCAAGAAUCUCUUUGUGCGGCGCAUGGCGGCCGAUUUGGGCAUCUACCGCAUUCUACAGCGGGAGCAGGGCACAACCAUUGUCAUGGAAACUGCUAUGAAGCUUCCGGCCUUUGAGAUCUUACGGGAUGCUGUGCAACAGAAGGUUAUGCGCGAAGGCCUCUCCUUCCGGUCGGGAAGAAUAGAGGUGCAGCAGCAGAUGCAAGCAGUGGGCCAACGCGGCCCCUCCUCCACCAUGGUAGCCACCACGCGGAAGCUCCUUCAAGAAGGCGGCGUGCGCGCCUUAUACCGCGGCGUCGAGCCCGCCGUCGUGCGCGCCUUAUCCUACGGCUGCCUGCGCCUCGGGCUGUAUGAGCCGUGUCGCAACAUGAUCGCUCCAAAAGACAAGUCGCAGGUGCAUAUGGGACAUAAAGCCCUCGCGGGUAUCAUGUCUGGAUCGUUCGCUACAGCCGUGUCGAACCCUCUCGAUGUCGCGAAAGUCCGGCUACAGAUGAUAUCCGAGACGGCCGCCGGGAGCAGCGCCGCGAGUGCCGCCGUGAAAAGCGCGGGUGCGCGGAGCAGCCGGUCGACGUCGGGGCAGAUUCUGGAAAUCGCGCGGACGGAGGGAGUCGGCGCGCUGUGGAAGGGCGUAGGGCCGUCCAUGGGGCGCGCGGCGGCGCUCACGGCGGCGCAAUGCGCGGUGUACGACGAAUGCAAGCAGAUGCUCAAAGCGCGCGCUAACGUCUCGGACGGUCUGCCUCUUCACCUUAGCGCAUCUAUGCUUGCGGGCGCCGUUUCGACACUCGCGUCGUCACCCUUCGAUACAGUCAAGACGCGCAUGAUGGCAGUCAAGAAAUCCUCCGCCGCCGCGUCCGCCGCUUCUUCCGCCUCUUCCGCCGCCCCCAGAGCCCCCCUCCCCCCGUCAGCCGCUUCCCCGUCGAUUCCCCCGCAGUCAAAUGCUACGAUAAGCGGAGCCUCGUCCGCGUUUUCCCCCGUUAACCUCCAAAACCCCGCUCCGCACAAUUCUUCCGCCCAACUCCAACCCGCGCUCGCGUACUCUACUUCUUCGGCCUCCCCCGCUCCUUCCGCGCGCCCACCGCCGCUGCCUGCUGCGCGCGGACUGCCCCCGCUGGGCCCUGUGUCCGCUGCUGCGCCCGUGGCGGGCGCAGCUCCGCCAGCAACCGGGGGAGCUAUCGUUUACCGCGGAUCUAUGCACUGCGCUUACUCGGUGAGUGGUUACUCACACGCCCUUACCCAGUGGGUGAAUAAUACGUCAGUCAGGUGUUUUGCGUAA